AUGAUCCCUACCUUAUUGACCGCAACUUCUGUAUUUAUUAUCACAUUUAUUGCUGCUCCUCGAGUGGAUAUUGAUGGUAUUCGUGAACCUGUUUCUGGAUCUCUACUUUAUGGAAACAAUAUUAUUUCAUGUGCCAUUAUUCCUACUCCUGCAGCUAUAGGUUUGCAUUUUUACCUAGUAUGGGAAGCAACAUCCGUUGAUAAAUGGUUAUACAAUGGUGGUCCUUAUGAACUAAUUGUUCUACACUUCUUACUUGGUGUAGCUUGUUACAUGGGUUGUGAGUGGGAGCUUAGUUUUCGUCUUGGUAUGCGACCUUGGAUUGUUGUUGCAUAUUCAGCUCCUGUUGCAGCUGCGACUACUGUUUUCUUGAUCUACCCAAUUGGUCAAGGAAGCUUUUCUGAUGGUAUGCCUCUAGGAAUUUCUGGUACUUUCAACUUCAUGAUUGUAUUCCAGGCUGAGCACAACAUCCUUAUGCACCCAUUUCACAUGCUAGGCGUAGCCGGUGUAUUCGGCGGCUCCCUAUUUAGUGUUAUGCAUGGUUCUUUGGUGAUCUCUAGUUUGAUCAGGGAAGCCACAGAAAAUGAAUCUGCUAAUGAAGGUUACAGAUUCGGUCAAGAAGAAGAAACUUAUAAUAUCGUAGCCGCUCAUGGUUAUUUUGGUCAAUUGAUCUUCCAAUAUGCUAUUUCAACAACUCUCAUUCUUUAUAAUUCUUCCUAG